AUGCCGAUUGACCAAUCGCCGGGUUCGAUCGGCUCGUUGCCCCGAAACACGGCUUCGGGUUCUCAUGGGAAACGCUCGCAUGAUCGAUCCGACAUUCUUCGCCUUCAACCCGAUCUUGCGCUGACUUCAUCAACCCCGCGUUCCUCGGGUUCGGGUUCGACUUUCCAGUCCUCGCCAUCAGCAAGGAGAAACACGGCACAUUCGGUCCCAUGGGUUACGAAACGUGCCCACACGGAAUGUUGGCCGGGGAUUGCGUGCGCCGAAUGGGAACUGCUGGAGGAGGCUGGCUGUUCAAAAGAAGAGUGUGUCAAAGAUGACGUCGGUGCUGUUGGCAGCCGAGUGGCGCCGCAGCUGGGGUUCCCAGCACGGACGCCAGCACCAGUGGUGAUAAAAAGCGAGCCGCCGGGUUCUCCGCCUUCCGCGUCGGCGUCGACGGCGCCCCUGCCGCCGCCGACGACGACGACGACAGCCGCCGCCAGGAUGGUCAUGGACACUGGCUCGGGGCUCGAUGCCGCCUCGUCACCGCGGUCCGCGGACGUCGUGCCCGCAGGCAUCUUCAGUCCCUUUGUGACCAGCGCGCCUCGUAGCGGUGGCGCCGGGAAGCUGCUGUCACAGCAGGACCUCCACCACCAUUCCCACCACCAGCACCAUCAUCAUCAUCAUCAUCCGGGUGGUGGUGGUGGUGGUAGUUACCACGCCGGGGACGCGAGUAGGACCAGCAACGAUCCGACUGCUGUGGACUCGUUUUUCGCUUUCACUGCUGCUGCUUCAGGUGCAGUGACUUCAUCAGCCAACUUUUUCCAACGAAACCUACUGACCCUGGGGGAACCCACAAGCAGUUUCUCAUCAACUCCAAGUGCCGCCACCAGCAGCAGCAAACUCUCGGCCACUGAAGCCCCAACCCCUGCGUCAAACCCAGGUUUACUUCCCGUGGACCCAGGACAACAACACGGCAAACAGCAUCAUGCUGCUGCUGCUUUCUACCACGACGAGCACCAGUAUCAGCCGAGGCCGGAUUUCACGCCUUGGUUCGACAAGCCGUUCUCGCCUUAUCAGGUCUCGCAGCACUACGCACACCAGUUUGACGUGCCUCCAUCAGCCAGUUGUGUGCAAGCAGCAGCUGCAGCCAGCUACGAUGCAUCCUAUUACUACCAUCACCACCAUCACCGUGCAGCUCAUCCCAGUGGGGUGCAGGUAGGUGGUGCACAUCAUCACCACCACGGUCAGAACCAACACCACCACCACCACCACCACCCCUACAUGGAUAUUCAUCAGUUGGGCCAGGCUGCGGCUGCUGGCAUAGGCAAACAUCACCCUCAUUCCGCGGCCGAGGCGUUUUAUUUGGCUGGUGCAUCAGCUGCUGCCCUCGGGGCUUCGAGUGCUGCUGCUGGUGUCGGGCUGGAUCAUCAUCACACGUCAUCAGAGGCAACGCAAUCUCAACAAUUUCAACAUGCUGGACAGCAACACCAAGUGACCACCAGCCAGCACCCCCACCACCACCACCAUCAUCCAACCCAUCGACACCAUCUGCCCCACCAUCAAGAGUCAGAUCCCGCCCACCAAAAGCUGUUGCGUGGCGCCUUCGCAGGCACCACAAGUGGCACCACGACCGGCCACGGACUCGGACUCGUCGCUGUCAAGUCCCGCAAAUACCCGAACCGGCCAAGCAAAACCCCCGUUCACGAGCGACCUUACGCGUGUCCCGUCGGCAACUGUGACCGGAGAUUCUCGCGGUCAGACGAACUCAGUCGACACAUCCGGAUCCACACUGGCCAAAAGCCGUUUCCUUGUCGCAUUUGCAUGCGUUCAUUUUCGAGGUCAGAUCACUUGACCACGCAUAUCCGGACGCAUACGGGAGAAAAACCCUUUUUAUGUGACGUAUGCGGACGCAAGUUCGCCAGAUCGGACGAGAAAAAGAGACACGCAAAAGUGCACGGGCGCCAGCGGGGAGCGCGACAGGGUAGAUUACCAGCGACACCUGUUACUGUUUCAAAAACUAAUAGUUGUAGUACUUCUGCUACCGUCUCUUUCGCGUCGCGUCCUACCUCUUCUACGCACACCCGCAGCUGA